AUGUCCCAGAAGAAGACAAAGGGGAGACCAUGGCGCUCCUGGUUUCCCCUGUUAGUCUUUGCCAUUGUAUCUAUUGGAAUGUACUUGAAAAAUUGGAAGCAACUUGAUUUGGUGACACAGAGUGUGGCGGAGUUCACCGUGAGCAAUCAGCAAGGAGAAGAAGAAAAAGUAAUGGGAGGCAAUCAGAAUCGCACGAGUGCAGAGCAUGGCAAGGAACUUUUGGUUCCACAACAUGUCGACGGUGGUGCCUUUGUCCAUUUGGGUAAGACUGGCGGAAGCACUUUGUCUCAGUUCCUAAGGAACGCAUGUCAUUCGUUUCUUCCAAAACCAUGUGGAGUCAUCCCCAAUGAAACUCUCAUCAGCAGGUUAAUCACCGAUUACUAUCAUGUGCCUGAUUUUUUCCGUUUAUCUCGCAAGAUCCAUUCGUUCUAUCUAGUAUCGCUUCGAGAUCCCUUUGAACGCACAGUUUCUGGCUUUGUGUAUGGUCAUCCAUCCAAUGCUCCCCUGUUGGGUAUCGGAAUGAUGGACAGUUGGAAACGAAGACGAAAGGGAUACUUUCCGCCAACCUGUUUUGAAACUCUGGAAGAAUGGGUGCAAAACUUGAACACGGACGACAAGUUUGACGAGUUUGACUAUCCCUACUUGCCGGUUCACAUGGUGCAAACCAAUUGCACCAACUUUGCACGGGCCAUGCUGGGAGCGAGAAUCAAGAGAAUGACACACCUCUUUUUCAACUAUCAAAAGAUACAAUCCAUGAUGCCACAUAAUGCUACUACUACUACGGCAGACACGACAAGCGCAAACCACACCACCACAACAACAGCAGCAACAUCGCCAUGGGAUCAUCUGACGGUGUACGUGACACGAAACGAACACUUGUUGGAUGACUUUGCAAGCAUCAAUCAACUCUUGUUGGGAGAUGAAAAUUCCACGACGUUCGACCCAUCGGUUCUAAGGGCAGAACAGCACGUUCGCAAUGUGUCCAAUCUCACAUUGCCCGUGACGCGCGAGUUGAGCGACAAGGGGCGUCGACGACUUUGCCGGGCGCUCCAACCAGAGUACCGACUGUACAUAACCCUGUUGCGGCACGCCAAGAAUCUGAGAAACGAAGACGUACAAGAGGCACUGGCGUAUUCGCAAAGCAAGUGUCCCGACUUGAAUUGGAAUUUGUUGUCACUUCAAUGA